AUGUCGCUCACGGGCAUACGAGAAUCGUUCGACAAGAGUGGCUUUGUCGGUCCGUUAAAUGUCUUGACGCUCGAAGAAAGCCAAGCGGCUUGGAGGGAAGUGAAAGAGGAACUUGAGAAGGAAGGCUCGAGUCGAUUCAAACUACAUCUGAUUCUGCCAGCAAUAUCUAUGAUAGCAUAUCAUCCAGUGCUAGUUAAGGCAGUUGAGGAAGCACUUGGUAGUCCCAAUAUUUGGUUGUGGUCCUCAGAUAUCAACAUAAAAAAACCCAACUCGCCUGGAUUCUUUGCUCCUCAUCAAGAUGUAACGUACGCUGGGUUGUCUCCAUCCAACAAAGUAUUGACUGCAUGGGUUGCUCUGUCAGAUCCGGUGGGUGAACGCGAAGGAUGUUUGUCGUUCUAUCCUGGAUCGCACAAAGGGGGCCAAAUGCAUCACGAAACACGACGGUCUGAAGAUUCUGACGACAACCUUUUGAGCUUGGGGCAAUUCAUUCCAGAUCCGCUGAUAAAACAAUUGGAAAACAGUACUGCUAUUGCUAUACCACUGAGAGCUGGACAAGCAACAUUUCAUUCGUUUGACUGUGUGCAUGAGUCUGGACCGAAUUGUUCGUCACAACCUAGAGUUGGUUUGGCUCUACGGUACAUGGCAGCUUCAGUCAUACAGACAAAACCAAUUCAAGAAUUGGCAACAUGGAUUUCUGGAAAGAAAGAGGGUUCUAGCUUUGAAAUGGAACCCCAACUUCCUACUGAGAAUGGGUCCAAGGUCCAAGGCUGGACCGUGCCAACUCCCAUGUGCAUGAUUUCCAACAUGAAAAAUGACAGGGCACAAUUAAAAGUUCCAAGACAGCAUGAGAUAACCAUACCACAAGCACAGUUCUAUCACUUUUCUACAAUUCGAAUAAUGGUGAUACGACAAACAUCAGCUUCCGUGACGACGAGACGACGGAAAGUUGACGAUGGCUCGAGCCGCUCAUUAUUGACACAAUACUUCAUGAUCAUCAUGUUUCUUUUUGCGUGCAUGCUCAUCGGUUUGAACAGCCGGUUUACGGAUACAGUGAUGCUAAGUACCAUGCAGGAUAUGGAAAGACAUCUUCAGGCUUCACUUGGCACCCCGUCCAUGACAAAAAUGCCUUAUCCUACGGAACGAGUCCAUCAGGCGGAGCCACAAUCGACAACGACAACCACAUCCAGAACCAUCCACAGCCCAACGAACGAACAUGAACACCGAUUGGCUGGAUUGAGUUGUGAUAAAUGGGGCGGUCCUUCGAAUGAAGAGGCAGAAGAAAUGGUUUACUGGGAAGACAUUCCGUCCGAUUCUCAUCAUGUUUCGCCGUUUAAGAAGCCUGGAAUCUCACAAUACAUGACUUUUGAACCAGACUCUGGAGGUUGGAACAAUAUCCGUAUGGCAAUGGAGAGCCUUUUGGCCACUGCAUUUGCUAUGGGUAGAACACUGGUGCUACCACCGCACCAAAAAAUGUAUCUUCUCGGCAAGAAGGACAAGAAUCAAAGGAACGCAUUCUCCUUCGAUCAUUUCUUCCACAUGGAAAGCAUCAGCCAAGAACACAAGGGUUUGGACAUUAUAACUAUGCAACAAUUCUUGGAACUUUUCCUCGAUGGACGAUUCAAGGAUCCAAUUUCUGGCAACCCCGUAUUUCCACCUGGGAAUCGGACUGAUUGGAAUGACUGUGAGGGUCGGGAACUGAAUGAACUCAAAACUUGGUUGCGAGAGUCCUCACGGAUGCUGAACUGGGAUCCUGAUAAUUGUCUAGCGGCAUUCCCAAAAUCCAGCUCGGAAAAAGACAUGCAAGAGCUGAUUGAUGUUCAUGAAGAAAUAAAGAAAGAAGGUUAUCCCAGCUACGAGGAUUUUGUUGGCAUACCAUUUCCUGUAGAUGCCAGUAUCAAGGAUCGGAUGCGAGAGAAUUGGGCAGAUAGAAAGGGGCUUUGUCUCUACGACAAAGAGCUGCAAGAAACCCCUUGGCUCCAUUUCCCCGUCGGCCGUACGGGACAGUACCAGUCUCGGAUGUUGGUCCAUUUCUACGCUUUUCUCUUUUUUGCAGAUUGGAAGACGGACUUAUGGACAAAGCGCUUUGUUCGAGAUCACGUCCGAUACAUCGACGAAAUCCAGUGUGCUGCCGCACGAGUAGUCGCUGCAAUCCGGAAAAGAGCAAAAGAGAAAAGUGUCCAUGGCGACUUUGAUACAUUACACGUUCGAAGGGGAGAUUUCCAAUUCAAGCCAACUAGGGUUCCGGUGUGGGUUGUCUAUAACAAGACCAAAGAUCACAUUCCUGAAGGCUCGACUCUCUAUGUUGCAACAGACGAAAAGAAGAAGGAGUGGUUUGAUCUGAUGAAGGAACAUUACGAUGUAGUCUUUUUGGACGAUUUUAUGCACGAACUCGAAGGGGUGAACACCAAUUACUACGGUAUGAUUGACCAGCUAAUUUCGAGUCGAGGAAGAGUAUUCUAUGGUUGUUGGUUCAGCACCUUUACUGGAUACAUCAAUCGACUUCGAGGAUACCAUGCGGAUGAUCACCAGACACCGGGCUACGAAAUGGGGAUUGUGCCAAGCUAUUACUAUGCUGUCGAUGAUCGUUACCUGCAUAUGCAAGAAUACUAUCCAGUGAAGAAACAAUUUUAUGCCAGAGAAUUCCCAACAAGUUGGAGAUUAAUUGAUACCGGACUCGAUGACACCCAGGCGACGGGCUAG